AUGGCCAAGCAAACAAACGAUCACCCCCCGGGACUUCCAGCACGGAUGGUCGAGACACGUGGACGCAAGCGAACAGCUGAGGAGACUGCGGCUAAAGACCCAUCAAAACGUCGAAAGAAGAUUGACUACGAUGAGAUUUUUGUCGUCCUAGUUGGAGAGGAGAAGACGCGAUUCGAGGUCCACAGAAAUGUGCUCACACAGCGCACUUGCGCACCGGACAAAUUCAGAGAAGGCAAAGAGAAGAUAAUUCGCCUGCCGGAGCAGGAUGCAAAGACCUUUGGCAUCUAUCUGCAGUGGCUUUAUACAAGCAAGAUAUUCGUAUCGGAGCUGGAAAACGCAGUGGACAUAGCAGUGCGCGCCGGAAUAUGGGAGGGCAUCUCACUCGUACAAGCAGUGGAUGAGGACAUUGAGGAUGCCAUUGUCAGGGUCGAAACCGAGGACGAGAAAAAAUCCGAAGAAGCUGCCAGGCUGGUCGAGACAGCGGUGUUGGACUUGAUCAAACUCUACGCGAUGGCUGACUACCUGAAUGAUACAUCAUGCCGCAAUGCCAUCCUAGACCGCUUUCUCGGGACGUACGCGUGCAUUGGUCGUGCUCCAGCCGCAUCGAUUGUUGCCUCCAUCUACAACCUGACUCUGCGAAAAUGUCAACCUCGACGGGCCGCUGUGGAGUUGUAUGUGUUCAUGGCCAGCAGUGACUACGUGGACGAGUUGCUAAGGUACCUGAAGCGAAGCCAAGAUGUACUACCAGGCGACUUUUGGUUCGAUUUCGCUCUAGCAAGUGCACGAGCAAUCCUCAGGCCCCAAGGCUCCCCAGUUAAGGCGGAAAGAUGCUACUAUCAUGAGCACGAUGGAGACGUCCCGCAAUGCUCGCCGCUAGUCAAUCCCGUCACUGCGAGUCAGAUCAGACAAGCACAAGCCGAUGGCAACCUAGGACCCGACUUGAAGCCUGUACCGUGA